AUGAAUUGUCUGCAAGUGCUGCUACGCGGGACCCAACUGCGUCCAGCAAUAACACGGAUAUCAACACGUUUUCGAUACACGCAACAUCAAGGGGUCAAGGGAAUUCGUAAUCGUAAAAGCUUCUACGAGGCUCCAGUGCAGCCGGGGCUGCACGAGCAAAAUGAAUUGGCGACCGUAAAUGCAGGAGACAUGCGCUUCUUGGACGAUCGGGCAUAUGAGGAAGUCGCCGGGGGAGCUAUGCGCAUCAACCGUGAUGUGGCCACAGCUCAGCACGUUUUCAUCCUGCAGCCCUAUGUCAAGUGGUCCGCCAAGCGCACCACACCCGUCGAUGUGACGCCUGAUGAUCAACUAGCUGAGGCGACAGCGCUGAUCCACUCGUUGCCCAACUGGAAAGUUGCUCGAUCCUUAAAAGUGCCUCUGGAAAGUCUGGAGCGUAAAACACUCUUUGGUAGUGGCAAAAUAGCCGAGAUAAAGGAGCUGCUUGCACAACUGCGAAACGAGCGGCAGGUUAACAGUGUCUUUGUGAGUAAGGGCACGCUCUCGUUUGCCCAAAGGCAAUUCCUGGAGGACGAGUUUAAACUGCCUGUGCUGGAUCGUUACUCGGUGGUCAUACAGAUACUACGUCUGCAUGCGACCAGUGCAGAGGCCCGCCUACAGGUGGCUAUGGCAGAGUUGCCUUACAUAUGGUCGCAGGCAAAGGAUGCCAGUGUCACACAGACCCGACGACAAGGCUACUCUCUAACUGAUCAGCAAAAGGAAAUACUGCGCACCAGGGAGCGCAAAUUGCGAGCAGAAUUGGAUGAUGUUCGUCGGCAGCGACGCUUGCUGCGCAAGAAGCGCAAACAGUUAAACUGUCCAACUGCAGCCGUUGUUGGCUAUACAAAUGCAGGAAAGACGUCGCUGAUAAAAGCGCUCACAAUGGAGGACACAAUGCAGCCGCGUAAUCAGCUGUUUGCCACACUGGAUGUGACGGCGCAUGCUGGCUACUUGCCCUGCAAUCUGCAGAUCAUAUAUAUGGACACUGUGGGCUUUAUGUCCGAUUUGCCGACUGGAUUGUUUGAGUGUUUCGUGGCCACCUUAGAGGAUGCAAUGCUUGCGGAUAUCAUCAUACAUGUGCAGGAUCUGUCACAUCCCUGUCACGCGGCUCAGCGCGCCCAUGUGGAGGCUACGCUGCGUUCUCUGGCUUUCAGCGUCUCCCAGGGAAAUUCAAACGUCGGCGAAUUGCCCCCAAUAAUUAAUGUUUUUAACAAAUGCGAUUUGCUUAAACCGAAAGCUCAAGUAUCUGUACUGGCUGAGCAAACGGAUACGGGCAUGUGUCACUUAACCUCGGCACGUACUCACGCCGGACUGCAGACGCUGCUCAAGGAUGUGGAGCAGCAAAUUUUGGAUGUGACCGGGCGUCGUAAAUUGCAGGUGCGCGUGCCCAGUGGAGGACCGGAGAUGGCUUGGCUCUAUAAAAAUGCGGCCGUUGUGGAUACCAAAGCGGAUGAACAGAAUGCGGAGAAGAUUCUCAUGCGGGUUGUCAUUAGCCAAUGCACCUUGGACCAGUUCAUGCGCGAAUUUUGCUAACUAAAAACUUUGUUUCCUCUCUUGCCCCUCUGCUUUGAAUAUAUAUAUAUAUAUAUACAUUUAA